AUGGAGGAUCAUAGCCCCAUGAGCGAGGCCAAGCGGAGGCUAUUCGGUAUCUUUCGAAGCCACAGCAGCGCUUCAGACAGAAAUUCGCACGACCGAGAUCGCAAAUCUCCUCGACGGCCUUCAUCUGCAAAUCCGCGCUCCCCGCGAAGACGUCCGCGACCCCACUCUCCGGCUAGAACCCCGGAAUCUCGCAAGUCCAACGCGAGCUAUGCCUCGGAGGCUCUCGAGGCUCUCGAGGCUCCAGGCUUGACGGAAUGGCCUCCUGAGGGUAUAUCGAAAGAUGAGAGCCUCAAGCAGGGGAAGGCAAUGGAGUGGAUUGCGUCUGGUGUCCCCGUCAUUAAAGGAAUUCGGCACUCGAUUCCACACGCUCCAGAGAAGUACUACAAUCUAUAUGCGACGUGUGAGGGGAAUGGAAAAGCUGGGAAUGACCGCGCUGUCCCAUUUACUGCUCCAUUUACGGCUUCAUCCUUUCGACUGCAAGGCCCAGACCCAGCGGAGCACCCUUGGGAAACGUUGGAGCAUCCAAGUCUUUCAUUUCGCACCGGUUCGAGGCCGGGCACAGUAACGCUGAACCAUUGGGUAAGCUUAUCUGGAAAGCCGAAUCCAGCCAUCGAGUUGAGAGAGCCAGGUAUGAAACCGCGGGAAGUCGAACUAUCAACCGUCCUGGAGCGCUUGAUAUAUCUAGAGAGCGGUUUCGAAGAGGACUAUGAGGAUCUAAUGUACCACAACCUGUACAAAAAGCUCCUCAAAGACCCCGACAAAUUCCUGAGUCCACAUAAGGCAAUGGAGAAGCAGAUUGCGGAUCUGAUCAUCGUGCUCUCGCGAAGCGAAUGGAUCGAUUUUAGCAGGCCUGAGAAUCAAGUCGUGGCCAAGUUCUUCACUAGUGCUGCGUAUACUGAUCAGGGGAGAUAUAAGCUAUUCUUUCACCAGCUACUUCUGAGUAUGGAGCUUGAUAUGAGGAUCCAUUCCAAACAUCAUGCGGAUUGGGCGAAGGAGCAGCUGCUCUCGCAGCUGCCACCUAAAAUUGCGUGGGAUUUGGCUCUGGCGAGGAAAUGGCAGGAGUGCAUGAGCAUCGAGAGAUAUAAGACGGGUGGCGAUCCUGAGCAGAUAAAAUUCCACCUCCUAAUCAAAAAGUCACAGGUGAAAGCCCUGAGGAGGUUUGCCCGAGCCAUGAAAUGGCCCAACCUCGUAAAAGUCGACAACAUCCUCAAAGAACGAGACCCCACUGUCAAACCCCUCGAAAAUAGGAGCUCAGACGCCAUGUCCUACUUCACGGGGAUGAUCCUCCCAGGCGUUACCCUCCCCUGGCUAAUCAUGAACUCCCUAAUCGACUGUGACGACGAUGUGGGCGCAAAUGCCCUCGCUGCAUUAACACAUAUGCAUCCCAACAGCGGUUUCCAAUACAAAGGCACAACUUACUGGUCUAGCAUGUCUAUCGUGGGCAAAGUGCUAGCUCCAACGUGCCGCGAAGUUGCUGGGUGGAUAGGACCCGUUCGACCUGCACCGGAUCUGCCACGCAUAGGAAUUGCCCGUAUCCGUCAACGAAGACCAAAACAACUCCUCACUAUCAGCGAUGUGUUGAGUAUGACGGAGCGCUCUGAUCCUCUUGGCCCACCAUCCGAUUCCUAUCCCGUCGCGGAAUACCAGCUCCUCCUCCCAGACUCGGAUGACUUCCACGACACAGUGCGGAUAGAGAAGCUCGCCCUAAAACCACUACCCUCUGCAUCCCCAUCCCCACCCCAAUCACCUGGAAGCAAGGAUCCAAGCAGACCGAUCAUAUACGAUGCGGCUGUUCAAUUCGCCAUCGAAGGUCGUUCCUGGCCUUUACGACUCUCCUACGAUGUUUCCUUCAUAUCCGCCUACCCCUGCGCUCGCGGCCCUCACCCUCUCUUCUACGACUAUGAGUACAAAUCCGUUAAAGUUUCUGAAAUUCUAACAAUCAAGGAUUGGGGCGGGUUCAAUAACCACACCAACCCUUCACCGGGGGAACCUGGAUCACCGGGAAGCGGAGUCAAGGAUAAGCAGAAUGAUUAUGAUGCCGAAAGGGUAUUGGUAAUUGAGGCGUUUGGUGUGCCUGAUAAUGAGGUUCUUGCGAGGGCUUGGUGUAGUCAUUGGGGAUUAAGCGCUAUUAUUGCGGAUGUGGAAAGGACUUGCAUGCCAUGUGCAAUCCGCGAAGCGUACGCAGCGUGCGUUAACGUAGCUAUUCUCGUCGAGGGCACAGCAGAUGAAGAGAGCAAUGCAUGA